GACUAAACCUCCACCAUCUGUGACAAGGUCUGCGAAAGCACUCCUCAAUACUCUACCUCACAAUGAACAACUCUCAGUUCCGGAAGCUGGUCCUCGAUACACCUGCUCGACAAGCAAACGCAUCUUCGCCGCCUGCGGAAGGCCAGAGUAUUCGCAAUGGCGUAUCCGCGACACCAACCGCGCUGGGCUCCAGGAUGAGGAGCUCUAUUCCUAUGACACCACGUUCAAUAGCAGGUCGAACCCCACACAACGACUUUGCCCGCCAGCUCGCGGAACGAAAUUCCUCAACCUCACAAUCACAGAAAAAGUUCCGCAGUAGUGCAGCUCCUAAAGGUGCGAAAUUACCUCAGGGUUACGUUGAUCGUGCGAAACAAAGGAGCGGUGGAGAUGAGGAGGAAGAGAAUGAUAAGGUGAAGAGGGUCAAGGCAUUGGAGGAGAUGAUGAAGCUGCAGCAGAUCGAUGAGGAGACAUUUGUUAAGCUACGAGAGGAGAUCCUAGGGGAUGAUGUGGGCGCUGAGAGGGCGGGGUUGGUCAAGGGUCUGGACUGGAGUUUAUUAGAGAGGGUUAGGAGAGGUGAGGUGGAUGUUGGAGAUGUGCUUGAGCCCAAAGCGAAACCUGCUGCCGAGGAGCAAGUCGAUGAGGGUGAGGAAGUGGGGAACGGGGAGGAUAUGGAUGAUGAGUUUGAGAAGCUGGAAGACAAGGAGGUGGAAGCUGUCGUUCACGAGAAAGCCAAGAAGAAGGGUGAGAUGGCUCCUCCUGCCUUGACAGGCAAGAAACGGAAUAGAGAUCAGAUAUUGGCUGGGAUGAAGGCUGCAAGACAAGCGGCGAAAGAAGCUGCACAACCUAGCCUCGGUUCGAGAUUCAAGAAAGUUGGUGAGAAGAGAGCCGAGAGUAGGAUUGAGAGGGAUAGUAAAGGAAGGGAAGUGCUUAUUACGAUCGAUGAAGACGGAAACGAGAAAAGGAAAGUUAGAAAGCUCCAGCUCGUCGAAAAAGAGCCCGAGGAGAAGGGCAAGGGUCUUUUGAUGCCGGACAAAGAUGCCAAACCUUUGGGCAUGGAAGUUCCAGACGUCCCGCCAGCAGUCGAGGAAGAAGACAUCGACAUAUUUGACGAUGUUGGAGAUGAUUAUGAUCCUUUAGCUGGGCUUGAUGAGGAUGCCUCCGAAGAACAAGGCGAAGACGGCGAAGUCACAGAAACAACGAAAUCAGAACCAGAAACAAAGUCCGAACCGGGAAGUAUGGGACCGCCACCUAGGCCAAAACCAGCUGCACGAAAUUAUUUCGGCAACUCAAAGUCCUCAGCAGAAGAAGAUGGCUCCAAGCCCGCUGCAUUAUCGGAUCCAGUUUUCAUGGCAGCUCUCAAGAAAGCAUCGUCACUUACACCUAUCGAGAAAGCCUCGAAAAGCGAAGAGGAACUCACUAAAGAGGCUCGUCGCAAGAAAAUGUUGCAGCAGGAUGACCGCGAUGCUCAGGAUAUGGAUAUGGGCUUUGGUAGUAGUAGAUUUGAGGAUGAAGAGGACUUUGAAGAGAAGAAAGUUAAGUUGAGUGUGUGGGGUGGUGGAGAUGAUGACGGCGAUGAUGAGAAAGGCGAGGGUGAAGGCAAGCGAAAGAGAGGCCCCAAGAAGAGGAAAGGAGACUCGAAUAGUGCUGCUGAUGUCCUGAAAGUCAUGGAAAGGAGAAAGGCAGAAUCUUAGAAAGCUUCGCAAUCUAAAUUACAUGAUGCUAU